AUGAGUACCGAUGAACUCCCACAGAAAGGCCAGCCCCCACCAUACGAAGGCGAAGCUGAAGCAUCCAGAGACGGUGGAGUCAGAUACCAAAGCGGUCCUGCUCAACCGCAAAUGGUUGUCCCAGUAGUUGUGUCCCAUCCCAUGGGACCCAAACCAACCCCAUUCACCUGUCCAUCUUGCAACCAACAGGUUGUCACUAGAGUAGAACAUAAGUCCACAACCAAAACACAUCUGUUCGCAAUUCUGCUUUGUCUCAUAUGUUGCCCCUGUGUCUGCGUGCCCUACUGUGUGGACAGUUGCCAGAAUGCUGACCACUACUGUCCAAACUGCAGCGCAUACAUCGGCAGCUACAACCAUUAA